AUGGCGGAAGUCGAUAAUGCAAGAAUCAAUAAUGAUAAUUCACAAAAUACAAGUAAUAGAGGUAAUCUUGAUCCUCUUUUCAUUGCUAACUCAGAUAGUCCUACUGCUUCUUUAGUUUCUGCUACAUUUUCUGGCACAAAUUUUGUACGAUGGAGUAAAAAUGUUAGGCGUGCUCUUAUAGCUAAGAACAAAGAAGGAUUCAUUACUGGUUUAGAACCUAUGCCUGAAGAGUGUCACAAAGAUUAUUCUAGGUGGACUAGAGUUGAUUACAUAGUAAUGAGUUGGAUUCUUAGUUCUAUGUAUCCUAGUGUAGCUAAUUUUUCCUAUGUGUCUACAUCUGCUGAAGUGUGUCAAGAAUUUCGUGAGAGAUUUGGUCAGUCUAAUGGUCCUUUAAUCAAUCAAUUAAAGAAAGAGAUUGAUGGAUCAAGACAAGAAAAUUUGACUAUUAUUGCAUACUAUGAAAAGAUUAUGAAACUUUGGGAUGAACUUAAGUCAUUAAAGUCAUUUCCAGAUUGUAGUUGUGGAGCAUUGGCAAAAUGUAUUUGUCAAUUUUUGAAGAAAGUUUCUGAUCUUGAGGUUGAGGGUAAAUUGAUGCAAUUCUUAUUAGGAUUGAAUAGUGGAUUUGAUGGAACAAUAACAAAUAUUAUGUCAAUGGAAACAUUGCCUACAAUCAAUAGAGCAUUUUCAAUCACUCAACAUAUUGAAAAACAGAAAGAAAUUUCCGGUGCUAUGGAGAUUGAUGGAAGCAGUGCUAUCUGCUAUGUCUGCUCGGAGAUUUAA